AUGAAGGUCCCAAAGGAAGAAUCCAAAGAACAAAAUAAUGACAAUACAUUAAAUGAUGAUGAUAAUUUGAGUAAUCCAUAUGAUACAGAAUCAAAUUCCGAUUCAAUUGAUCCACCAACAAGGGAUGGAGAUUUUUCUGAAUAUAUGUGGAUGGAAAAUCAAGAAGAGUUUGACUUACAGGUUAUGAAAGAAUUAGAAGAAAAAGAAUUGAGGAAGAAUGUCUUGAGGCUAUGUUAG